AUGGAAGCAUCUCAGCCUCUUUCCAUUGAAAGCUUUUCAUACAGUUGGUUAGUGAACCUGAAACCUUCUUUGGAAAGCCUUGAUAAUUCUCUCAGAACCUCACUUGAUGCGUCCGAUGAAUCUUCCUUCAUCGAGAUGGACCCAACAAUGUCACCCUCUAAGAGAUUCUUUAUGAAUUCCCAGCAGGAUUUCAAAUUUGACUUCCCUGCUGUCUCCCAAUCUCCUCUCACCACUCUUGUUCAUGCAGAUGAGCUCAUUUCCAAUGGCUACCUUUUGCCGCUUUCUGUUGACUCAUUGAAGAACAUGGAGGCAUAUGAUCAUUCGGCCUCAAAGUCCACUGGUGCAAAUUUUGCAGCCUCUUCAUCACAUUCAGCAAGAGAUGUUGAUCCAACAGAUAAUUCUAGAGACUCCUCUAAUUCAUUGAGAAGGUGUAGAAGAUUAUCGAGACGAAUAUUGGAGAAGUACUUGAAUUUUCUUAGGCCGUUGUACAAAAAGAUUAGAGGUGAUCAUCAUCAUCAUCAUCAUCAUCACAAAGCAAAUCCUAAAGCUGGAUUUAGUGCUGAUAAAAGGAGCCAUUCAGUGAAGAACUGCAGGGUGCAUUCAUCAGAAACUAGUCAAUCUCCCAGAAUAAGUGUAGCCUAUUCUGCCGAUGAUUGGCGGAGGAAAUUAAAUGGAUUGAGGGAUGUGGUACAAAGCAGUGAACAGAAGAAGAAAGGGAAAGGAAGAAGAAUUCACAUGGGAAGAGAGGAAAUGAGAGAUAAGUCCAGAAGAUCAUCAGCCACUUGUUCUUUGUCAUCUUCCUCUCGUCUGAAUAUAUAUUUCUUGGAUGAUAAUGUAAAUUAA